UAACAUGUUGAUUUUGAAUAAUGUGGUUACUAUUGGAUUAUUGUCAUAUCUAAUGUAGGUACAGUCUUUAUAGACAUCAUUAUUAUUCAAUCCAGCGGCUAGUUGUUUUACAAAUUCCACUAACAUAAGGGAUGAGAAAUGCCAUUUGUAUUUGAUCAAACCCUUUGAAUGUGCAUGGUGCUGCCAUAGUGAGGACACCUGGUGGAUUUAGGUAACUUAGUUAACUUCCUUGCUCAAGGAAAGAAUGACCUGUUAUCCACUUUGUCAUGUCGGGGAUUUAUAUAAGGUGCUGUAACUUUGUUGCUCCAGAAUUAGAGGGUUACCUGUUUGAUUAUAACCAAUCCACUUCUCCAGACACCACUACAAUACUGGGACUAGCCCAAACCAUGAAAAACAUCCCAAGACCAUUAUCUCACCUUCAAAAUGUGUCAAUAUAAUUUUGCCUGCAGUAUAUAGUGUAGCAAGGUAGUCUUCAGUAUUUUUUAUAGUUACAUUUUAGGGGACCCCCCAAGAGUCCUAAGUCAUUUCGAACCCUGCUCUCCUCCAUCCAGGUUUAUCAGAGUUGGUGGAUUGCUCACACUGCAAAAGUUGCCUCUCAAAGUGGACCACCUCAAACAGAACAACACAGCCAAGCUGGUAAAGCAGCUGAGCAAGAGUGCGACACUGAAGGGUUGGAGAUGGACACUCCCAGCAUGGCGCCUGCAAAGAAGACGCCAACCGCCCUGCAGCUGGGCGAAAAGUACAACAUCAAGCCUCCAGUCCUCAAGAGGCCAUGCUUUGGUCCAGCAGAUGCUCCACCUCUGGAGAAACAAUACAAGCCUUUGAACACCCCCUCUAACUCUGCCAAAGAGAUCAAAGUGAAGAUCAUUCCAGCACAACCAAUGGAGUGCACAGGGUUCCUGGAUGCUCUGAACUCUGCUCCAGUGCCUGGGAUUAAGAUUAAGAAGAAGAAAUCUGGUGCUGGCCCCACCCCCAAUACCAAUACCAAGGCCGUCUCCCCCACGUCUAACAAGGGAAGUCCAUUUGACAGCAAACCCUCUUCGUAUUCUUCAUCUUCUACAAAACUGUCAUCUCCAGAAACAUCUGCUUGCAUCACUCCUGCUGAUGAAAACCAGGAGCCGGAGCGGCCUGGGACCCCCGUUCCCUCUGAGGAGGCCGAGGUCUCUGACAACGGCGAGAAGCCCAACGCUCUGGCAGAACCACGGGGAGAAGAAGAGAACUUGACCAAGAAAGGCAAGAAGAAGAAGACCGUUCACUGGGCCGACGAGGAGCAGCUCAAACACUACUUCUACUUUGAUCUGGAUGAGACAGAGAGAGUUAACGUCAACAAGAUCAAGGACUUUGGUGAGGCUGCCAAACCAGAGCUGAGUGUGCCCGAUAGUCCACAUGAACCAGACCCGGAGCCUUACGAGCCCAUGCCGCCCCGUCUCAUCCCUCUGGACGAGGACUCCACCACGCAGGAGGACGGAUAUGUUGAGCCCAUGGACACGGUGUCUCAGCACGGCUCCGCUUUGGCCCUGAACGAGAGCUCCAAGCUGCCCCCGGUGCUGGCCAACCUCAUGGGCAACCUGAGCAACACCUCUCGCAGCCCACAGGCCACACCCACAGUCAGCAACCCCGUGGCUCCCACUGUCAAUAAAUAA